AUGGCCGGGGACAGACUCCCACGCAAAGUGAUGGAUGCUAAGAAGCUGGCCAGCCUCCUGAGGAACGGGGCCGAGGGCACCUUGGUCAUUGACAGCCGCUCCUUCGUGGAGUAUAACUCCUGGCACGUCCUCAGCUCUGUCAACAUCUGCUGCUCCAAGCUGGUCAAGAGGCGGCUUCAGCAGGACAAAGUCUGCAUCACGGAGCUCAUCCAGCCAGCCUCCAAGAUGAAGGUGGAGGCGGAAGAGCACCAGGACGUGGUGGUCUAUGACCAGAGCACACGGGACGUGAGUGGCUUGGCUGCCGACAGUUUCCUCUCCAUCCUCCUGGGCAAGCUGGACAGCUGCUUCCACAACGUCUCCAUCCUCACAGGGGGCUUUGCCACCUUCUCCUCUUGCUUCCCAGGACUCUGCGAAGGGAAACCAGCUGCCAUCUUGCCAAUGAGCAUCUCCCAGCCGUGCUUGCCAGUGGCCAAUGUUGGCCCCACCCGCAUCCUGCCUCAUCUCUACCUGGGCUCCCAGAAAGAUGUCCUAAACAAGGACCUGAUGACUCAGAAUGGAAUAAGCUACGUCCUCAACGCCAGCAACUCCUGCCCCAAGCCAGACUUCAUCUGUGACAGUCACUUCAUGCGCAUUCCUGUCAAUGACAACUACUGUGAGAAGCUGCUUCCCUGGCUGGACAAGUCCAUUGAGUUCAUCGACAAGGCCAAGGUAUCCAGCUGCCAAGUGAUCGUGCACUGCUUGGCAGGGAUCUCCCGAUCAGCCACCAUUGCCAUCGCCUACAUCAUGAAGACCAUGGGCAUGUCUUCAGACGACGCCUACAGGUUUGUCAAAGAUCGGCGCCCAUCCAUAUCGCCCAACUUCAACUUCCUGGGCCAGCUCCUGGAGUACGAGAGGAGCCUGAAGCUCCUCAAGGCCUUGAAGGCCCAAGGUGAUAGGAGUGAGGGGGAUGCCCAGCCAGACCCGGCUGAAGUGCCUGAGAGCAACAGGCACCUGAAGCUUUCUACCUCAGAAAAGGCCGAGGACAUAUCGAAAAGCACAAGCUUGGCACCCUCCCGCAGUGAGCCAGCAGGAGCUCCCAAAAUUGUCUCACCCACAGCACUACAGCAAGGACUCAACGGCCUACACCUGUCCUCGGAGCGCAUCCAAGACACCAACCGGCUAAAGCGCUCCUUCUCCCUGGACAUCAAAUCAGCCUACUCCCCCGGCCUGAGGCAGGACACCCCAGGCCCCGCUGACACCGGGGAAGCCCCCAAACUUUGCAAGCUGGACAGCCCUUCUGGACCUAACGGCUUGUGCCAGUUCUCGCCCAUGCCAGAUAGUCCCGACUGGCCCAGUGGGCCGGACUUCCUGCUAGAAGCCAAGGUGAGGCAGAGGCGGAAACAUAGGCAUCAGGCGGGCUCCCCUGCCCACGGGAUGAGCCUCAAUUUCAGCGGGGUGUGUGCCAUGCACAAAAGCACCAGUGUGGAGGACAAUCUCAAGCAGACACUGCGGCUGAGCCUCCCUGGUGUGGGACAGCAGCCCACACAGCCAGCUGCGACACCAAACUCGGCCGGCGGAGGGGGGGUAGGCGCCUGGGGUGUGCAUUUGGAAUCACCCAGCACCCCAUCGUCGGAGAACCCCUGGUACUUUGGCACAGACUCAGCGGUGGGCAGCGGCAGCGGCGGAGGGAGCGGGGCCUUGUUUGCCAGUGCUGCCUCGUACUCCUCGUUCAGCUGCAGCACCCUGCAGGGCAGCUGCGAGAUCAGGUUGAGGGACAAGCAGAGGGUGGAGCAGAGGGACGGGCGGCACAGCUGGCACGAGGAUGCCGCCGCGGAGAAGCAGUUCAAGAGGAGGAGCUGCCAGAUGGAGUUCGAGGAGACCAUGUCAGAGGGCAGGUCCCGGGAAGACCUGGGCAAAAUAGGCAAACAGUCUAGCUUUUCGGGCAGCAUGGAGAUCAUUGAGGUGUCCUGA